AUGCAUUUCCGAGACAGCAGGAGAAAAGUGGACUACGUCUUAGUUUACCACUAUCGGAAACAUUUCUCGGAUCAUGGCGGUGACUGUCAAGGCCCCUUACAUAGGCCGGGGUCCUUGGCUAUUAUUUCUAACGGGGAGACUGCCAAAAGCCAGCAGAAACAUCAGGAAGGGUCUACUCCAGAAGCUCAGGUCAUUGACGUCGCUCCACAGGAUGCUUUGGAGGUGGCAAAACAGGAGCAGAGGGAGGAGUUCGAACGCAACCUGGCGGAAGCUGGUCUGGAGCUAGAAAAGGAUGCGGAGGAUAAGAGUCAAGGAUUGAGUUUUGUCCGAAUACACGCACCAUGGAAUGUACUGAGCCGAGAAGCAGAAAUUCUGAAAAUCAAAAUGCCCACUAAAAGAACUUAUGAAAUCAAAGAAGAAGGGGGAAUUGUCAAGAAGCUGUCGUGCGUGUGGCAGAAAUGUACAGAGCCACUGCAGCCUAAAGUGCCACAGCAAAACACCACUAAGAUGAAGAAUUUAUCUUAUCCCUUUUCCAGAGAAAAAGUAUAUUUGUACAACAUUCAAGAUAAAGAUACGUUUUUUGACAAUGGCACCCGCAGUCGAAUUGUACAUGAAAUUUUGAAGCGCACCUAUAGUUCAAAAGCCAAAAACAGCAUGGGUAUUAACACAUUAAUAGCAAAUAAUGUUUAUGAAACAGCUUAUCCUCUACAUGACUAUUUUGGAGAAAAAAUCGGGAUGUAUUUCGCCUGGCUGGGCUUAUAUACAGAAUUCCUCAUUCCCUCCUCCGUCGUCGGGGUUAUCGUGUUUCUCUACGGAUGCCUGACCAUUGAAGAAGAUCUUCCAAGCAAGGAGAUGUGUGACCAACGCAAUGCCUUCACCAUGUGCCCUUUGUGCGACAAGACGUGUGACUACUGGAACCUCAGCACGGCUUGUGGGACCGCACGUGCCAGCCACCUCUUUGAUAACCCGGCUACCGUCUUCUUCUCCGUUUUCAUGGCCCUCUGGGCCACGAUGUUUCUUGAAAACUGGAAGCGUUUGCAGAUGCGGUUGUCUUACUUCUGGGACCUUACCGGCUUGGAGGAAGAAGAAGAACACCCCAGGCCAGAAUACGAAACCAGAUUAUUACAGAAGAAAGACAGAACUGAAAAUACCAAAAUCGUGAGCAAAAUGGAAACAUCCCUUACCACUUGUGGUGAUGAUGAUGAAGAGGAAAAACUCACCUGGAGAGACCGCACGCCUGGCUACCUAGUGAAUUGUGCUUCCAUCUUGUUCAUGAUUUCACUGACUUUUUCCAUCGUCUUUGGCGUGAUUGCCUACCGGAUAACCUUAGCAGCCGCACUCUCCAUGAGCACCAACGGGUCAUCCAAGUCCAACGUGCGAGUCACAGUGACAGCGACCGCCGUCAUCAUAAACCUCGUGGUGAUUCUAAUCCUGGAUGAGAUUUAUGGAGUCGUUGCCAAAAAGUUGACCGAAAUGGAGGUACCCAAAACAGAAAAAACGUUUGAGGAGAGGUUGAUUCUGAAGGCUUUCCUGCUGAAAUUUGUAAAUUCUUACGCGCCCAUUUUUUACGUGGCUUUUUUUAAGGGACGGUUCGUGGGCCGCCCUGGCCAGUACGUCUACAUGUUUGCUGGUUACCGGAUGGAAGAGUGUGCUCCUGGGGGAUGCUUGAUGGAACUUUGCAUCCAGCUCAGCAUCAUCAUGUUGGGGAAGCAGCUGAUUCAGAACAAUAUCUUUGAAAUAGGUGUCCCGAAAUUAAAGAAACUGUUCCGUAAACUGAAAGAGGAGAGGCCGCAGAAGAAGGAAAGCCAUUCAGAUCCAUCUAAGCAGCCUCAGCAGUGGGAGCUGGACUACGUCUUGGAACCCUUCACAGGGCUGACCCCGGAAUACAUGGAAAUGAUCAUCCAAUUCGGCUUCGUGACUCUCUUUGUGGCCUCCUUCCCUCUGGCUCCAGUGUUUGCCUUGUUGAACAACGUCAUUGAAGUUCGGCUCGAUGCCAAAAAGUUUGUGGCUGAACUAAGAAGACCUGAUACUGUGAGAGCGAAGGAUAUAGGAAUUUGGUUCAAUAUCCUGAGUGGCAUUGGGAAAUUUUCAGUCAUAAUUAAUGCCUUUGUCAUUUCGGUCACUUCGGAUUUCAUCCCACGCCUGGUCUACCAAUACGCGUACAGUCACAACGGGACAAUGCACGGCUUCGUCAAUCACACCCUCUCAUACUUCAACGUCAGCGACUUUAAGGCUGGAACCCAGCCAGAAAACUCGCCAUUUGAAGAGGAGGUUUCCUUCUGCAGUCUUCAGGCCUUUGUCAUUUCGGUCACUUCGGAUUUCAUCCCACGCCUGGUCUACCAAUACGCGUACAGUCACAACGGGACAAUGCACGGCUUCGUCAAUCACACCCUCUCAUACUUCAACGUCAGCGACUUUAAGGCUGGAACCCAGCCAGAAAACUCGCCAUUUGAGGAGGAGGUUUCCUUCUGCAGUGAUUCGUUUCACAAAUGUGGCAANCAGAAUCUGGUGAUGUUCCUCAGUGUGCUGGUGGACUGGCUGAUCCCAGAUAUUCCCAAGGACAUCAGUGAGCAGAUCAAGAAGGAGAAGAGCGUGCUGGUGGAUUUCUUCUUGAAGGAAGAGCACUCGAAACUGAAAUUGAUAGAAAACUUUAUCACCCGGGACAAACAACGGAGUUGGAGUGAAACGAGAAGGAAGAGGAGUCGGGCGGCCAGUUUCUCCCAGUUUUACCGAAGCCGCCGGGGCAGUUUUACGUCUCUUAGUUCGAGACACAGCGAUGUAUGA